UCGGAUUGUUGUUCCGGACGGAGCGCAAGGCAUUCGUUGACGCACAAAGAUCGCCUGUGUGACUUCGGUCUCCUGAACAUCACUGCCGUGAAAAUAAUUGGUUUGGCCUCGGUUGAGCUACGGACAUUAUUUUCUACAACUGUAAUGUAACUGCAGUGAACACACAGGAUGGACGGAGAUAUUUCUGGUCCCUCCCUUCCCCUCUCCGCGCUGCGUCUCCUAAUCCCACCCAUCCGGCUGGUUUCCGCAGCCAUCUGGCAGACGGUGGAGCAGAAAAUUGUGUUGGAUUAUGGGCUGCUUGAGGAGUUUGUACACAUGGUCACAGAGAUGGUUCCUCAACUGCUCACCACGAGGCAGCGGGCUGAACUCAUUUUGGGUCUCAGAGCACGGCUGAUCCUGGAGCUGUGUCGCUCUGAGGAGACUGCUGAUCCCCAUAUUAUUCAGCCACAUCUGGACCGAAUGCAGAACCUCAGAUCUCUGUGGAAUGUGGAGACAGAUGCAGAACAAGACGUAUCUGACUCACAGUUCAUGGGCCUUAUCCAAAAUCUGCUGAGAGAUCCUGAGGAAAGAAGAAACUUCUUCCAGGAUGUUUUCCCAGGGGACUUUGGCCCCACCUAUGACAAAGCAAUCCAGACCCUGAUGUGGCUGUUUCUGUCCAGACUUGAAAAGCUUCUUCCGAACCAAACCCUCCAACAGAUUGCAUCUCUGCUCAGCGACGCCUCCUCUGUUCUGAACGAAUGCAUGGAGACUUUCGCUCAACCUCAGGAGCUCAAAGCCUUGCUGGACACUCAGAAAGACGUCGGCCAGUUAGAGGACAUUGAAUCUUACAUUGUCGACAGUGGCAUCUUGUCGGCCCUGUGUCUCCCUCCUGUGGAAAGAGUCGUGAUCAAUGAGCAAACAGAAACGGAUACAGUGAGCGGACUCAUGUAUACGGUGUGCACGGAGAUGGAAGUGGAAUCCGAGAACAAAGAAGUGUACGCGGAGGGAACUGGGAACUCCGGAGAGGGCGCUCAGACCCAGUGGUUUGGUCUGGACAGCGGGGUGAAAGCAGAAAUGGACACGGUGGUGGUCACGGAUCCUGUCGAAGGCACCGAGGCCAGCGAGAGCGAAAUGGCGGACGACCAUAACUACGACCAGUCGGGCACGCUGAUGAUCGGGGAGGACGGCCAGGUGACGGUGCUCGACGGCGCGGAGAAGAAGCCGAACAGACGCGGGAGGAAAAAGAAACGGCCCGAUGACGAAGACUUCAAAGUGCAAGGCGGAGCGAAGGGCAAGCAGGAAGACCCGGAUUACGAGGCCACUUGGGAAAGACCGGUACGAAAAAACCGUGGACUCAAGAUGAAGCGGUACCUGUCGCAGUGGAGGAAAUCGGGAAAGACGCAGGGCAGUAAUGCUGCCAACAGUAGCCCCAAAAAGUCUGCUGGAUCGCGGGGCUCAGCCCAAAGCAACGACUUGGAUGAAAGAACGUGCAAAGUGUGCGGCAAGGUGGUGACCCGGGCCAAGUUCUUGGAGCGCCACAUGAAUCGACACACGGAGGAGCUGCCCUUUUCUUGCCCCUCGUGUAAAAGGUUUUACAAGAGCCUGCGUUGCUUGCAGCAGCACAAAUGUCCGAAUCAGACAAAAGCAAAGCCUGGUAGGAAAGCAAAGGAACAAGAGACUGCAGCAGACGAGGGUGAGCAAUCAUCCAGUGGGAUUCCUGGCGAGGCAAUCGAUGAGGGGCAGCCCAACAUGGACCAGGACCCCGACGGUGAGAACUCCGCAGAGGGGUCUUCCAAAGAAAUGGAAGAAAAGAGCCCCGACGGCAACAAAAGCAUGCUAGAAGGUCCGUUCUACUGUCCCCACUGCAGCGUUGAGUUCAAGUGCAAACAGACUUUCAGGUUCCACAUGAGAAACAUCUGCUACAACGAGCAGCAGGUGGACCCGGAGCAGCCGGAGGACGUGAAGCACUGUUUCAGGUGCGACGAAUGCGACAAGGCGUUCAAGUACAAAUCAACGCUGGAGUCCCACAAGCAAACGCACAACCCGCUCUACUGCGAGGUGUGCAUGAAGCUGGUGCGCGACCCCGAGGCGUUGGCCAUGCACAAAGAAUCGCACACGCCGUUUCAGUGUAACCGGUGUGAGGAGAACUUCCCGGUGUUCAAGGCCCUUCACAAGCACUACAUCGACGUCCACAAUCCCACCGAGCCUUUCACCUGCAGCCACUGUCUGACGACCUUCGCCAGUUUAAAACGUUUCAUCCGACACGAGUGGAAGCACACGGGCUACCAACCGUUUCAGUGCCCUCACUGCAGCAAGAGGUUCCGCUCGUACUCGGACCUCGUCGAGCACCAGAAAAAACACACCAAAGCGUAUCCGUUCCUCUGCUGGGAAUGCGGCAAGAAAUUCCGGCACGGCGUAACGCUGACGCGGCACGUGGAGCGCGUGCACCACACCGGGGAGCCCGUGUCGGAGAAACCCGUGCCGACCUUCACCUGCGCCCAGUGCGGGAAGACCUUUACGUCCAGACGGUGCCUCCUGAAACACGACAACUUCCACCACAAGGGGCUACGUUUCCCGUGCGAGUUCUGCGGGAAGGGGUUCUUCGGCAAGGACGCUCUGGUGAGGCACACUUUGAUCCACACGGGCGAGAGGCCGUUCAAGUGCGACGACUGCGACAAGUCCUUCAGAUCCGCUGCGGAAUUAAAGAUACACAGGAGGUACCACACGGGGGAGCGGCCUUUCAAGUGCAACAUCUGUGAAAAAGGUUUCGUCCAGUCCUGCUUUCUGACCUUGCACAUGCGCACCCACACAGGAGAGAGACCGUAUGUUUGUACCAUCUGCAGCAAGGGAUUCUCCAGCUUGCAUGGUUUAAAACGACACAGGAGACUUGUUCAUGCGUAGUUAAUGUUACUAUUUCGCAUAGGGAUGUCCUGUUUGACGGACCGGUCAGAGGUCGGCAUCAGAUGUAGGCCAGAUUUUGAGGAACUGUUUAGGAUUUGACCUUGCUCACGGACACUUCAGCCGAGUGGAUGUUGACAAAGAAAAGAAGGUGUUCCCAUUGAAGGACGUUUUCCUUAAAAUGUCAGCCACGUUGCUGUCACAGCGUGUAUUGUUGGGAACUGUGUAAUUGUAUAGUGCAUUAUAAAAAAAAUGUAACUUUGUAUUUUUUACAGAAAUGUUUGCUGUAGUUCUACAUAAGAUUUGUAUGUAUAAACGAUAUAAUCUUUGAUUCCUUUGGGAAUUGACUUCUUUUCUUGAAUAAAUUGAACAUUUGAUUCCA